UUUACCAUUUCAGGCCGCUACUCCCCACCUCCCCACCUCUCUCCACCCCCGACGGCAUCCUUUAUGAGCCAGGCUGGGCAAGCCUGUCGCCGACUGCCGCUGUUUAAACGUGGAGGGAAGGACGCGUCUCUAUUGUUACGCCGGACGGAGAAAUUGACCCUCCGUCGACACCUCUCUAGUCGAGCCCACGAAAGGAGCGACUGUGUGUUUCUUCCCGAGUCGCCGAUUGAAAGAAACUUGAUGUGAAGCCGACCCUUUCAAUUUUGGCAGGAAACGGCAGCGACCUCGACUUCGGUGGGGAUGAAACCGGGCGGGCUUAGCAUGGAUACCUCGGAUCCCGCAGAGCCCACCGAAGUAGCAGCGGCGGAGUCCUCCGUGUCCCAAGACAACGCAGUACAGCAGCCCGCGUCUCUGCCGGAGCAAACCCAGAAUGAUGUUUCGCCCGCAGAUGUCACCAAGACCAACGGGGAACCGGACCACCAAGUCAAACUCGAAGCUGUUGCCUCCAAAAAGCAGCCUUCCACCACAAAAACACAAACUUCCUUAAGAUCCAAGACCCAACCUUGUGCCGCUGCCUCCCACCGCCCUGUAAAUCACGCGCAGUCUUCUACCAACAAUACGAACUCGGGUGAUAAAACCGCAGCCAAAUCAUCUGCGGCGGGGGCGGUGCCCAAAAGACCAGUGAGCGUCGCGACGGUUGUGCCCACCGUCAAGACCCCGACCAGGGUGCUCCACAAGAGGCCCGCAGGAAGUGGCCCAUCCCGGACUGCGUCGGGUGCGACUGCAACGUCGGCGACGAAUGGUACCAGGCCCGCAACCCUCGGUGGAAGUCGCAAUAAGAGGACGGCCGCCGACAAUGUGGACGCAGCUCGAGUCAAAAGUUCCGCUGCGAGCAGACCAGCUGCAUCCACUGGCCACAGACCCUACACUUCAGUUGCUGCCAAAGUUGACAGCGGUGCCGUUCCAAAGACCAGCAGGCCCGCUUCUGCUCCCUCAUCAUCUCGAAUGGCAACAGCUGCAUCCAAGGCUGGUAGCAGCACCGUUGCAACCAGAGCACCCACUAGCGCAGCGGCGGCUGCUUCCUCAGGAUCUCGAGCAGUGCCAUCAACGUCGAGAGCCGGUAACAGUGUUGCAUCCAAGCCGCCCAGCAGUGCCGGUAGCAGAACCGCUCCAUCUCGAGUUACCACGGUUCCCCCUGCUGGCAGGACCGCAGCAGCACAGCCUCACCCAGCUGCUGCUGUCACUGGGAAGAAAGAUGUCAGUCGGCCACCUUCGACUUCGGUCACGAAAAGGCCCGCUGCUCCAUCAGCUGCCACCAAAAAGCCAGAACCUUCUCAACCUGGAGCCACCGGAAAGCCCCCUUCUACCUCCAAAUGGGCCGCGCUUCCCCAAAAAGCCGAUCCCAAGGUGUCUCAGAGUAAAGCGCAACAACCUGCAAAACCUGCUUCCGCCAAGUAUUACACUGCGGCCUCUCCCAAGGCUCCAGCAGCUAGCAAGCCACCCCUGGGAAGAACCCAGCAUGCUUCUCCAGCUCACAAAUCCACAAACGGCAGCGCCGCGCCGGUGAAGCACCUAACCAAACCCACUCAGGCAGUCUUACCCUUUACCGCUGGUGUCAAGAAAACAAAAGAUUCCAGAUUCAACCACUCUGUAAGGACACAGAGGGAUGCUGGUGCAGCGGUAACAAGUGCAACACCAGCGGUACAAGCCGCAGAACUAAUCCAGUCUGCACCCCAAGAACCAUCUACUGGUACCUCUGUGCCAGAGAUGGUCCCGCCCCAGGCUUCUACCCGGGACUCGCCACCAGAGGCGGAACCGCAAGUGACUGCUCAGAGCAAUUUGGCUGCUCUCUCUCCCCCGCGUAGCCCCGUUACUCCACCCUUCCCAGAAAUACAACCGCCCCGGCAACAAAGCGAAAGCGACGCUCCUUCGGCACAACUGGAGCAGGUCGCAACCGCUGUGGAGGUUCCGUCACCCCGAGUAGCCUCUCUGCCAGAGAUACCCAGUCAGUCUGUUAACGUGACUUCAGAUCAGACUCUCUCCAUAUGCAAACCCGUUACAACAGUUGUAAAGUCAGUCACUCAGGUAGCUCCGCCCAGCCAUCUCAACGACGACGAGGACGAAGAGGAAAGAGAGGGAAGCCAGCUGUGGUCGGUCUCCGAAAUGAGCGGGACGACACAAGCAACCGAGGAGUCGCGUCCCGGUUCGGCCGGACUGCUAAGCGGCUCCGCUUGGAGGGUGGGAGGUGCCGUCCCGUCUGAGCUGGACUCGCUUAGCGGGAGCCAACAGGGGGCGUCGGAGUUGAGUGCUCCCGGCGUCCUGGAGGGCACAGAGAGCAUGGACGAUCUUGGAGAGGGCAGCCUCAAAGGAGCCAUGGAGAUGGAAGGAGCCUCUGCGGGGUCGCCAGACUUUCAAAAAGUUCCCGAUAUCCCCUUUAAUGACUACGACGAGGACGAGGACGACGAAGACAGAGUGUGCGACAUGGACGUGGGCUCCGAGAAGACCGACGAGCUGCAGAGGCAUCGGCACGACAACGACGUGGAUGACGACGAAGAGGACGAGGACGUGGAGAUGGCGAGCGAAGCGGUAACCGAGAGCGGUCUGGAGAGCUACGGGAACGCCGACGAGGACGACUUUGCCGAGGAAGAAAGACUGGACAACUUAAACAGGUUGGUCCAGCUUCCCCCGCCUCCUCAGCUCCCAUCGGCUCCGGGUGCUCAGUGGUACCAACUCAACCCGUUUGCCGACCCCUGGGAAGAGCAAGUUCAACUCCCUCGACUGCAGCAGCCCCUUGAACCGGUCUCCCAGCCCGCACCGGCGGAACCUGCGGUGAGCCCACUGGUAGCCCCCCUGCAAGCAGACUCGGAGACACCAUCCCAAUCUCCCGCUCAGGCUUGUCUGGAAACAAGCUCUAAUCCUCAUGUUCCUGAAAACCGAGAUGCGUCGUCUCUGUCUUCCACUCUGAAGGAUGGAGCCAAAAUGGGCGCCGGACAGCGUUUCGCGGGGCCUCUGCAGACUCCAGAGCCGACUUCAUUCCCUGUAAGCGGCGAGAGCGUCACUCCAGAGGAACUUGGUGAAGGACAUGCCAAAAUUCAAGAAGCCCCCGUCACCUCUCCCCAGCCCGAUGCGGUUGCCCAUAUGGCGAGCGGUGACCAGGAGUUUAAAGCCCCGACCAUGCCGUCGGAUGAGGUUUUAAGAGGCGUGGUAAGCGCUCUCACUUCCAACCCUUCGUCAACUUCCAUAACGGAGGAUGAAGCCAGCGACACGGAGGGCGAAGCGCUACUCGAGGACUCUUUGGAGUCUUCGGCCGGGUUGAAGAACAACAUAACCUUCGAGGUCCAGCCCCCCGCACAGCGCGGACUCUCCACCGUCGAAGAAGCGGAGGAGUCCGAGGCGACCGGUCUGACCGACGACGCCACCCCGCCUUCGGCGACCUCGCUGGCGUCCUACGGCUUCGACUCCGCAACCACGGCCUCCAACGCCCAGUCCGCCGGCGAGGGCUGCAUCAAGAGUCCGGGUAUCUUCUCUCUGGAAGAGCUUCCCGAGGAAUCCAAGGAGCUCUGUGACCAAGCCCGAUCCGGCCUCACGGAGCAGCAAUACAUCGAGUGCGCUAAUCGGGAAGUAGGUUGUACGCAGCAAGAGCAAGGGUCAGAAGCGCCGGCUCUGAACGCUUUGCAGGCGACCGAGGAGAAGCCAGAAGACGCCCACCCCCCAUACUAUUCUGCAAUCUGUGAAAAGACUGACAACACUUUUACAGGCCUCACCCCGCAACAUCAUCAUCGCCACGGAGACCAUCGCGGCAUCACGCCCCGUCUGACUUGCGCGGACCUGCCCCCCCGCAAGGCCGGGCAGCAGGCGCUCAGCCCCCAGCUGCGGCGCCUGGAGCAGCACCAGAGGCAGCUGAUGGAGAUGCAGCAGCGGCGGGAGCAGCAGAGCAGACCCCUGGAGGGGGCCGAGCAGGAGAGGAAGAGGACGGAGGAGGAGGAACAGAGGAAGAAGAAGGACGAGGCGGAGGAGGAGAUCAAGAGGAACGAGCGGGAGGCGUGGGAAGAAAUAGAGGAGGGUGAAAUGGGAGAGGGGAGUGGCCAAUCGGGGACUGAGGAAGUCAUCAAUGGCGAGGGCAAAAUGUCUGCUGAAGAAGAGGCGGAGAGGCGCGAGCUGGAGUUGCGACUGCUGCAGCAACAGUCCGAGCUGAAGCAGAGGCAGCAGAUCCUGCAGUGGCAGCAAGAACUGGAGGAGGAGCAGCCGCCUUCCAACCGAGCAGUGGUCCUGUCCCCCUCAUCGGGCCUGUGCACCAUCUACGAAGCCCUGGAGAACAGCGACGAAGAGCCGGACGGCCGCCGUGCGGAUCGCAGCUCUCGGGAGAGGAGGUUGUCGGCAGACUUGAACAAUCCAAAGGAAAUCUCCAGCAACGGGGGCCGCUCCUCCCCCUUGGACUUGGACUGGGGCGCCAAAGUGGACAUGGUGCAGCAGCUGAUCAAUCAGACGUUGCUGCUCAACGGAGAUGGCUGCUCCUCCCUGCUGCUUCUUCCGGGGGGUGCGGGGGGCACCCUGAGCCCCCUGGAGAGCAGCCUGUGGCCCAGCCUCCUGCCUCCCAUCAGCCCUCCCUCGGCCACAGUGACUUCUGUGAGCAGCUUCUCCCCGGAGGCCGCCGGAAGCUCCCCUCAGGGGGAGUGGACAGUCGUGGAGCUGGAGACGCAUCACUAAGUAGGCGGGCGACUCCACGGAUACUCCUUUCACACAGAGUUGUACCCAGUGCUGGUUUCGUAUGUGCUCAACCAUUUUUAUGGUGCUCGUCGUCAUGAGUGUGAGCUGAAGUCCAUCCAAGCUGACUGGAGUGGUUCCCACUCGCACCGUCGGACAAUUCAGCAUCAGGUUCAUGUACUUGUAUGCUCUGUGCUCAGGCCAAAGCCAUGUCUAAUGUAACGAGAUGGCUUUGGAGCCAAGCUACAAUGUCAAAGUGAGGGAAGGGAAGCUUCACUUUGUCAAGACCACAGCUCUGGCUAAUGGGGGGCGGGGGGGGGUUGCUUUGCUGCCAUCUUGUGGCAUCAGAGGGAACCAUUAUACAGUUUAGCGGAUGUUAAUUACUUUUUUUU